AUGGCCCACGGUUCGCUCGUUACCGGAAUGCUGUCCAAAAGUGAAUCAGGUCGAACAGCAGCAGCAGCAACAGCAGGAGCUGGAUCGUCCUCGCCAUCGACGUCCCCGGCCGCAGCCGGACACAACUCGGCCAAGAUGGGCUCGAGGCGCAUCUUCACGCCCCAGUUCAAGCUGCAGGUGCUCGACUCCUACCGGAACGACGGUGACUGCAAGGGGAACCAGCGUGCGACCGCCCGCAAGUACGGCAUCCACCGUCGGCAGAUUCAAAAGUGGCUCCAGGUGGAGAACAAUCUACGCUCGGUCGUGGCCAACGGUGGCAGUGCCGGCGGUUCAGGUGCAAGCAGUGCCGCCGGAAGCUCGGCGGCGGCAGCUGCAGCGGCAAUGCACAGCGCCAACGGUGGCGGUGGCGGUGGUGGUGCAUCGAUGAAAAUAAACCUUCUCGGCCACCAUCAUCAUCACCUUCCGCAUCACCAUCCGGCGCAUCAUCCCCACCAUCAUCUGCUUUACCAGCAGCAGCACCAGCAGCAGCACCAGCAACAGCAUCAGCAGCAUCAUCAUCUCCAUCACCAUGCACCAUCGUUCCACCAUCCGGGUCUCACGGGUUUGAUGGCGCCAUCUGCAGCUGUAGCGGCAGCAGCAGCAGCAGCAGCCGCUGCUGCGGCCGCCGGACUACCUGCACACUAUCAUCACCACAUGCAGCAGCAUCACCCGCUCGGUGGAGCACCGCACCCCCCACCGCAGCCCCACUUAUUAGCACCGUUUCAUCCGAUCGUUCCGCAGCCACAAGCGCCACAGCAGCAGCCACCGUCGUCGUCGUCGUCGUCGAGUGCGGCCCCGAAUUCCAUCGAUCUGAAAGCGGCUGGAGGGCUGAUGGCGGACUCAACCAGACACCGCGUCGCUCGAAAUGGCGCUAGUGCUUGUAUCAUGUCACCCGUGUUAACCCACACAAGCGCCACCAACCCAGCACCAGCAACAGCGGCGGCAGUAGUAAUACCUGUUUCUUCGUGCUCGCCACUCUCGAUCGCAUCGUCGUCCGGUGCGUCGUCGACGGCGUCCUCUUUGUCCUCUUCGUCGCCAUCUUCGCUGGUGGCGACGGCGCGGUCGCCGUCAGCUAGUCUGCUGUCAUCGCAGCACCAGCAGCAGCUCCACUUGGCUGACCCGGAGGCAGCGACAUCUGGUGCCGAUGCGGCGAACCGGCCGCAUCAACCUGUCAUCUUUUCACCCGUGCCGCGAUUAGCGACGGCACCGACGGCCGUGAACGAUCAGCAGCAGCAGCAGUACUACAACUAUUAUGGCCAUAUUCGCGCGGUCGCCGCCGCCGCCGUUGCCGUUGCCGCCAACGCGGCUUACCAACAACAGCGGUACGAUCAUCCGAUCGAUCUGUCCCGACCGGAACGAACUCUUUCGUUCGCUUCGACCGAGCUGAACGAGCGCCACCAGCUGCUCGAUCACUCGAUCGCGUCCGACCACGAAGACGCGGACUACAAUGACGACGAGGAUGAAGACGAGGAGAUCAGUGUGGACGAACCAGCACCAGCACCUCCAAAGGGAACCGCCGAGGAGCUACUUGCUGGAAGCGCAGACCAGGCGUGGGAUCUUUCCUGUCGACGUGGCGACAACUGCUCCGAUCGCAAACGGUCGUCGUCGGAGAUGAGCGGUAACGUGGCGGCACCUGAAACGAGCCGUCCGCCGAAAUCGAUCAAGCUUUUUAAACCUUAUCUGCUGGAUAAUGAAGAAAAGGAGUGCCAGGAAGAAAAGGAGCCCGAGGUGAACCGCAAGGGGGACGACAGUUUCGUCAAGUGUCGCCGGGACUCGGCCCUAGCGGACGAGGACAAAGACUCGACCCGUGAAUCGCCGGCCAUAAGCGAUCGGCUAGCGUCCUCGCCGACAAACAUCAUGACGAACACCACCGGCAGGCACCAGUACCCGAUCGCCUGGAGCAACAACAAUUCGUCGUCCUCCGCGUACUACGAGCAGUUUUACGAGUUCAGUCCCCCAUCGGUCACAACGCCCGCGUCCGUUGGCGUUUCGCACCCGCUGAUGGCUUCGUCGUACCUGCCGCCGGCACAGCAGACCACCAGUUUGUCGUCGGUUGCUGCCGGACGCGGCUGGACAUCUCCACAGGCUUCGCCCGUGUCGGGGUACGACAGCUCCACCUCGAUCUCGUCCGUAUGCAGCGGACCAGAGGAGGAACACAGCAACGGCCAGCCGGAGCAGCUGAAGCAACAGGCGAUCGACAGCUUCUACCACGAUGUGGCCUGCCGGGGCGAUUACCGCGCGGUCGCGUCCAAGUACAACAUCAACCGCAAGUAUGUGGAGAAGUGGCUUCAGCAGAAGCAGGAAGAUGACCACCAACACCAUGCCUCCGCACUGAGUGUCCGUGCGCCCUUGAUCGUAGGUUGA